AUGGCUGAACAACUCGACAUGGGUCGUCUCAACAUCAACGACUCCCAGCACAACCCCCAGAACGGCUUCAACGGCGAGCGUUCUGCCUACAUCCCCCCUCACCUUCGCGGUCGUCCCCAGGGCGGUCCCGGAGGCCCUGCACCCAUGGACGGCCCGCCCCCGAUGAUGAACGGCGGCGGUCUCGGUGGCAGCGCGUGGGGCCCCGGAGGUCAGGGUCCUCCCCCUCAGAUGAACGGCGGCGGCGGUGCCGGUGGCUGGGCCAACGCACCCAACUUCACUCCCCGCGGUCGCGACGGUCCGCCAGGCGGUGGAUGGGGCGGUGCCCCUCGCGGCAACUUCGACCCCAACGCCUACGGCAAGCCCGGCGGUGGUGGCUCUGGAGGCGCUCGCGGAUCUGGCGACGGUGCCUGGAAGGACGGCAAGCACGUUCCCGGCCCGCCCAACCAGCGCCUCGAGCGCGAUCUCUUCGGCGUGCCCAACGACCCUUCCAAGCAACAGACCGGUAUCAACUUCGAAAAGUACGAUGACAUCCCCGUCGAGGCCUCUGGUCAGGGUGUCCCCGAACCCGUCACACGUUUCACAAACCCGCCUCUCGAUGACCACCUGCUGAGCAACAUCGAGCUCUCCGGAUACAAGGUCCCCACUCCUGUACAGAAGUACUCCAUCCCCAUCGUCAUGGGUGGCCGUGAUCUCAUGGCUUGUGCCCAGACUGGUUCCGGAAAGACUGGUGGUUUCCUCUUCCCCAUUCUCGCCCAGGCCUUCCAGAACGGCCCCUCUCCUCCUCCCGCACAGGCUCAGGGUGGAUACGGACGUCAACGCAAGGCUUACCCCACCUCGCUCGUCCUUGCUCCUACCCGUGAGUUGGUCUCCCAGAUCUUCGACGAAGCCCGCAAGUUCGCAUACCGCUCCUGGGUCCGCCCUUGCGUCGUCUACGGUGGUGCCGACAUUGGCUCUCAGCUUCGCCAGAUUGAGCGCGGCUGCGAUCUUCUCGUUGCUACUCCCGGUCGUCUCGUCGACUUGAUCGAGCGUGGCCGUAUCUCCCUCGCUAGCAUCAAGUACCUCGUUCUCGACGAGGCUGACCGCAUGUUGGACAUGGGUUUCGAGCCUCAGAUUCGCCGUAUCGUUGAGGGUGAGGACAUGCCUCCUACCGCUGCCCGCCAGACACUCAUGUUUUCGGCCACCUUCCCCCGCGAUAUCCAGAUGCUCGCCCGCGACUUCUUGAAGGACUACAUUUUCCUUUCGGUCGGUCGUGUCGGUUCCACUUCUGAGAACAUCACCCAGAAGAUUGAGUACGUCGAGGACGGCGACAAGCGCUCUGUUCUCCUUGAUAUUCUUCACACACACGGUGCUGGUCUCACCUUGAUCUUCGUUGAGACGAAGCGUAUGGCCGACUCGCUGUCCGACUUCCUCAUCAACCAGGGCUUCCCCGCCACCUCCAUUCACGGCGACCGCACUCAGCGCGAGCGUGAGAAGGCUCUGGAGAUGUUCCGAACUGGACGUUGCCCAAUUCUUGUCGCCACUGCUGUCGCGGCUCGAGGACUGGACAUUCCGAAUGUCACUCACGUAGUCAACUAUGACCUGCCCACCGACAUUGACGAUUAUGUUCAUCGAAUCGGUCGUACCGGACGAGCUGGAAACACUGGUAUUGCCACUGCUUUCUUCAACCGCGGCAAUCGCGGAGUCGUACGCGAUCUCCUUGACCUGUUGAAGGAGGCCAACCAAGAGGUCCCCAGCUUCCUCGAGUCCAUUGCUCGUGAGGGCUCCGGCUUCGGUGGAGGUCGUGGGGGACGUGGCGGCGGCCGUGGCCGUGGCAACGCUGCUACCCGUGACGUUCGUCGUAUGGGCGGUGGUGGUUUCGGUGGUAGUGGCGGUGGCCAGUGGGGAGGUGCUCCUCAAGGUGGCUACGGAGGUGGCUUCGGCGGUGCUCCAGGCGGUGGCUACGCUCCUCCAGCUCCCGGCGGCUACGGCGGCGGCGGCGGCGGCGGCGGCGGUGGCUUUGGUGGAGGCUACGGCAACCCAUCUGGCCCUGGCGGCAACUCUUGGUGGUAA